UUCUUUAAGAAAAAUGUAAUUUCGUUUUCUUGUAAUGUGGAUGCAAAUUUAUCGGUUGCAGUCUUUGGUCUAUCACUACUCUUUUUUGUCGAUGUUUCUCUCUUUUUUAUUAAUUUAUGAUGGGCUUAAAUGUAGGACAUUGUUGUUCUUACUCUUCUUCACCUUCUUCUUGUCUUUCGAAUCAGCUGAACAGCAACAACACUUUCUUCUUCAUUAUCUCUCUGAACUUUUAGGCUGUGUUAUAUUCUCACAUCACUCUCAUUCCUCAUUCUCAAAAUUUUGAGCAAUGUAGUGAACUUGGGCUGGGGUUUUAGUCUACACGUAGCAAUCACUCCAACUCUCGCUUUUCUAGCUGUGGCCUCAAUUAUUUCCAUGCCUGUGGAGUGGGUUUUUAGGAUUACCCACUUUUCCAAAGUCAGCAAACAAGUAAUGAAUUCCGCAACUCUCUCUCUCUCCCUCUCUCUCUAUCCACAAGUCUAAAGCUUCUUUUUAGAAGCUGAACCAUUAGACUUCAAUAGCAAAAUUUCCACAGCCUUUCUUGACUUGACUAACGCGUCUUCCAAACCAACACGUUUUUCUUGACUUCUGUGCACGCAUAUAAACCGUCCAAGGAGUUGACAAAAUCCACUCCUACAAAUCCACUUCUCAUGUCUAAUAUCUCAUUCCUCAUUCUCAAAAUUUUGAGCAAUAACCCAAACAUGAUUUUUAUAUUCAAUAAAGCCCACCUCUUUCUCCUCAUUUGCCUUUCCCCCCUCCUCAUCCUCAUUCAUGCAAGACCUUAUGUUCCAAAACAAAAUGUUGUGGAUGAGGAAUCAGCUAGAAACAAAGCUACUUCUGCAAAUGCAUUUGCACAACCUCCAAGUGCUCUAGCUUCUCAAAAACAUAAAAAUAGAAAAAGGAAUAUACCUGCAUUGAUAUUUACAUUGUUGAUUGGAGUAUUGGGUGGAAAUUUGCUUGGAUUUGUUACAUUAUUGAUUGGAGUAUUGGGCGGAAAUUUGCUUGGAUUUGUGGAGGGAGCGGUGGUUUUUGGUAGAGGUGGAAGGAAGCCCUCAGGCCCGACAAUCUUUAGCCCUUUGAUAAAAAAAGAGGACCUAGCUUUCUUGGCCAUCGAAGGGAGCGUAGCUUCGUUGGAAGUCAUUGGAAGAGGUGGGUGCGGAGAGGUUUUAAAGGCAGAAUUGCAAGGAAGCAGCAAGAAAAUUGUUGCGAUCAAGAAGGUAGUUCAACCUUCAAUGCAUGCAACAGAAUUGACCGGGGACGAAAGUAAGAAUCUAAACAGAAAAAUGCGUCAAAUUCGAUCGGAGAUAAAUAUUGUGGGUAAGAUUAGGCACCGGAAUCUUAUUCCUUUAUUAGCCCAUAUGAGUCACGGUGAUUGCCAUUAUCUUGUAUAUGAAUUCAUGAAGAAUGGUAGUUUACAAGACGUGUUAGAUGAAGUUUCUAAUGGGACUAAGGAAUUGGAUUGGCUUGCUCGGUACAAAAUUGCAUUAGGAGUGGCAACCGGGCUUGAACAUAUGCACUUUCUCCACAACCCAUGUAUAGUUCAUAGAGAUCUGAAGCCUGCAAAUGUACUAUUGGACGAUGACAUGGAAGCUAGAAUUUCAGAUUUUGGGUUAGCAAAAGUAAUGCCUGAUGCUAAUAUCUAUAUCACAGGCUCCAAUGUGGCAGGGACUGUAGGUUAUAUAGCACCAGAAUACUUCCAAACGCAAAAGUUCACAGCCAAAUCUGAUAUCUAUAGCUUCGGUGUGUUGCUAGGGGUUUUGGUGAUAGGAAAGAAGCCAACUGAUCUGUUUUUCCACAACACGGAUGAGAUAUGCUUAGCUAAAUGGCUUUGGAAUGUAAUGGCAUCAGAUAAUCCUGAACAAGCAAUUGAUUCCAAGCUUAUGGGAAACGGGUUUGAACAUGAAAUGCUGUCAGUUUUGAAGAUUGCUUGCUUUUGUACUGUAGAUGAUCCAAGUGACAGGCCUAGCAGCAAGGAUGUCAGGUGCAUGCUGUCUCAGAUCAAGGAUGAAAUACAUGAGAGCAGGCCCUCAACCCAGUCGAGUCUUGAGUUAUCAAAAACUAUUCUGAGAGAAGGUAAGGGUAAGUUGGUGGGGAAUGGGAAUUCAAUUUGUAUUAGGAAGGAAAACCCGUGGUUGCCCGACAAGUCGGAGUGGAAAGACUUGAUAUCCCAAGAGGAAGAGCAUAGGUGGGUCCAGUCAAAAAAAUCAAGCCGAAAUGGUGUUUUGUCAAAAAAAUCAGCUUACAAGUCAGAGGCUUAUGCUGGGCCCCACAGAAUUAUCUCUGAAAUUCGAAGCAACAUAUGGAAAACAAACCUUCCUGAAAGAUUAAAAAUGCUUCUUUGGCGUACUGCAUCAGACGAUCUCCCUACAAGAGAAAGACACAGCAAGUUUAUGACCAUUGAUAAUACUAGCUGCUUGCUUUGCAAUAUUGGCGCCAUAGAGUCCUCAUUCCAUUUGGUUUUUCACUGUCAUUUAACAAGGUUCCUCUGGUUUGGUAGUAAAUGGAAUAUUAGGCUUCAAGGGUUUCAAAUUGACUCUUUGGAAAAUUGGUUUAAAUUUAUACUUGAUCCUCCCAUCUUCUCUCCCAUGGAAGCUGACCAAAAAGCUGAAUUCCUUCUGUUUGGAGCAUUGGUGCUAGAUAUGGUGUGGAGGGCUAGAAACUCUGUCCUUGAUGAGGCGAAAGUUAUUUCUUAUGAGGAUGUUCUACUUAAGGUUUUUCAGGAGCAUCGGAAUUUAUGGUCCAUUUGGAUUGAGAAGAGAGAAUGAGAGUAGAGUAGAGUAUAUUUAGUAUAAAAUUAACUUAUUUUUACCCAACUUUACUCUACUUCUCUCUCUCCCUCCUUCUCCCUCUAUCUAAACAAGUCAUUAAAGAUUUCUGGUCCGGCUAGCAUUAAGAUUACAAAUUGACUUUUGUCUUGCCAAAUGUUAAUAUUUUGAAUACGUUGAUUUACUU